AAGUUCCCGAGAUCCUCCACCAACCAACGACUUGGAGACGCCGGUCAUGAGGUUGAUCAUAACAGCAAGGAUAUUAAUCACAGGCACGACCCGAAGGCUGGACGAAGAUGCAUAUUUUGGGGAUCUGGGAUGCGUCAUCGUGCUACGUCGUGACUAUGAUCUCGUAUUAUCCACCUGCACUUAUGCAAUUCGAAAUAAGGGAUUCUCCAAACUUUCGUCCGUCUAUAGUACAAAUAGGUCACCAUUUCCGUCUCCGUCUCCGCAAAACCUAAAGCCCCCCGGAAGAACUUUCUCUUAAACAUUCCCAAACGGAGGGGAAUAUUUUCAGGGAUCAUGCGCAAGUCAUCUAGAGCCGCGACCGCGUUUUUCGUAUCUGACCUUUUCGCCGGGGUCACGGCCCUCGUUGGAUGGCCCGGAGGUGGUACGUUGGUAACCGGCAGCGCCGUGCAAUUCGAUAGGACGACCUGGGAGCGGAACCUUGCUACGCCCAACGCGACCGGUUCCUACGCGGUCACCGGAUUCGACAUCUCGCAAAAGUGGCCGAGCCAGAAAGUCGACGGAUGGACUCUCUCGGUGAACGUUAGCAGCGACUUGCCGGACUCCGAAACCAUCGAUUCCAGCAACGCGACGGGGCAGACCUUCACCGGCACGAGCAUCUUCCUCAAGGGGCCCGAGAGCAUCCAGACCGCCUUCACGAACCAAUCCGCGGUCGACGACACCACGUGGAAGAUAUGCGUGGCCGUGAUCCCCAACGGCCCGCAGGAGGAGGCGUCGACGGCGGACAACGGCACCUGCGGCUACCUCUCCUCUCAAUGCAUUGCCGAUCUGCAGCAGGCCUACGCCGACAAAUUUCCCGGCAAUACGGACUGCUACGGGACCCCGCCGUCGACGCCGUCGAGCUGCGGCAGCUCCGUCAACACGGCUAACUUCGAAGUCCAGCAGUUCCCGCUUACCUCCGCGAACGGGACGGAGAUCUACGUCACGGCGUCGGCGAGCCACGCCGCGGCAGACGAGACGGCGUGGACCAACGCCACCCGACAGGCGUGGCCGGUCCUGACGCUGUGGGGCUGGAACACGCGCGCGAAAGCCCCCUCCGGCUCCGAGCCGACGGUCCAGCUGUCGUGCGUCCGCGCCAAGACGGUUGAGCAAGGGAGCGAAUCCCCGUCGUCGUCGGGAUCGCCGGUUCGCGGGUCGGCGGCCCUCGCCCUCGCCCUCGCUGCUUUGACGGCGUUUUGCGCUUCGAUUUGAUCCCCUCACUCACUCACUCACUCACUCACUCACUCACUCA